AUGUUGAUUAAGCCAUCAAUGAACUUUGUCCUAAAAUGGAUUAAUGUCUUCUUUUUGCCCGCGUUCAUUGUGUUGCCUUUGUCACAGCCUAUCACUUUUGUUGAAGUUGCCAAAAUUGCUGGAACCUUUGUGCUAGGUUUCUUAGCUCUUUUCAUUGUGGACGUCUACUUGAUGCGUAUUUUGGUGUAUAGCUAUGAGCAUUAUUGGAAGAAAAGAUCAAGAAAAUCGAAGGCAGCCUCUCUGGCUACUACUACAGAUGAUGAUGAUGAUUAUGAUGAUGCAAUUGUCCAAAAUAAUCAUGCAAUGGAGUCAAAUUCUCAACGAACAAUACCAUUGCAAACCAUUCUGACAGGAACAACUUCAGAUGUCAUUUCUAUUGCAUCUAGUGCAUUGGAUAAUCCUCGUCAAGAUCUUGAUCCAGAAACUCAAUCGCAUGGUAAAAGAUCAGGGUCUUUUGACUCUCAGGAUGAAAGUAAUGUGGUUGAGCUCAUAGAAAUGAAAGACUUGAAUAGAAAACGCUUAGAUAUCACUACUAUUAACUUAGCUGAAUUGCGGGCAGUUAAAACGGAACCAACAAAAAAACCAGUCCAUAGACCUGAAAAUCCAUUUGCUGAUUCGCCUUCAUCUCCUAUUGGAAUUACUGGCAACUUGUCAAUACCUGAAAGGGUAUACUAUGGGCAAACGGCUAAUGAUACCAAACUGGAUUUCCUUCAUCAUUUAUCAAGACCACACACUAUAGAUCUUGCAGUAAACUCUUCAUAUUUAACUACAACGGUUACUCAGAAUCAAGUUCCUCAACCUGAUACUGAAGAUGAAAAUCAUAAUUCCACCGAUCCAAAGGAACAAGAGGAAGAGCUAGCAAUUCUAGCUACACUCCUGCCUCUUGCGAAAUCGACUAUGCUAUUUAUUACCAAAUAUAUUGAUUGGUUAAUAUAUGGUUUAAUGUUCUUAGUGUCGCUUCCCUUUUACUACAUUAGCCUGAUCCACUUGAUGUUACCAUAUCAGCUAUCAAUAUCGAUUUUGGUUUACUACGUGGCCCUCUUAAUGCCAGAGAAGUAUCCACAAUUGAAAAAGGUUGGGUAUCACCCGAUCCUUUUCCUGACGGGUAUAAUUCUAUUUAUCUUCUUUAUAGGCUCCUUGAUUUACUACAAUGGAAAACCAGUUGGCUUCCUUGUCGAUCUCAGAUACUUUAAGACCGGGAAAAAGUAUUCAAACUUGUUCAAUGGUGAGCGAAUGUACAAUAAUGGUGAAAUUGCCCCAACAGAUCUACAUGUUACCAAACUUGAUAAGUGGCCCGGGUGUGGAGAUGUUCUUUCUUCACUUAUGGAUGUGAGUAUUGUUGCCCUAUCUUUACCUAUGUUUAGUUUCCGUCGUGAUUUCAUUGAUAAUUUUGGCUUCAUUGUGCCAGUGCUUUUAGUUUCGUGUGCUGCUUCAUACCUCUUGUACCCCAUGUGGUCGUAUGCCAUUGGCAUUUCACCAUCAAGAUCUAUCGGAUUUAUUGGUCGAUUUACCUGUAUUGCAUCCAAAUUAAAAGAAUUUUACAUGCUUGUCGAUGAUAACAGUAGGCUCAUAUUUCUUCCUAAAGAAAUAACUGGAUCAUACCAGUUGAUCUCUUUGUUGAACGAAUCAUUCAUUCUCUAUGAUCUGAACUUGUACCAACUACGAGCGAUGGAAACGAACGAGUUCCCUAGUAGCUUCAUAAUAGAAAAGGAAAAUGAUCAAGGGGCCAUUUUGAACAAUAGUGACCAUAGAAUCCUCGUGGCUAGCAAAUAUAACCUUAAUUUCAAGCUUUUGCUGCUUUUGCAACGAACUACUAGAAGUAAAUCCCUUGAGAAUCUAGGGGACGAUGAACUUAGCUCCAUAAUUGAUAUAGACCAUAACGGUAAAGGGGUUCCUUUGGAACUUGUUGAAAAAUACUUGGAGAACGAAACUUUGUGGGAUAUAAUUAACGAAGGAGGUGAAUCGUAUUAUAAAUUCAAUUCUCUGAAAUGCUUGAAUUGGCUUCAAAUAAAAGUGGACAAGCUUGUCAAAGUUCACUUAAAUUAUUCAUCUUCUUCCAUCGUCAGACAGUUUAAAAAGGACUAUCAAGAUAUUACCCAACAAUCAUUAAUAGAAUUACAUGUACGUCGCUUUGCAGUUGGCUUUAUAACCCAUGCAUACAACUUAGAAACUGUCUAUGAGCCGCUUUUAAGUUUAUACGACUUUUCUUCUUUAGACGAAAUGAUUGAAACUCAAAAGGCUACUCUUAAGCAAAGACAAUUGGUGGAAACCAAUUUAAGGGCUACAAGUGAUACUUCAAGUAGUUUAAAGAAACGUCCCAACAGCACUACUGGAACUAAAGGUGCUCUUAAAAGGAAUAAAAAAGCCACUCUUGUUAAAGUAGCUGUAGGUAAAGGUGCAUUGGAUAGUUUUUUUAAAAAGUCUUAA